AUGCUGUCGUCCCUGAAGACUCUGCUGCUGCUCUCGGUCCUGUGCACACCGACCUCCGGGCUGUGCCUGCGCCUCUACACCGGCUCAGAGGUGGUGUGCGACGACCAGAUGGCACCCGGGGUCCGGAGCGACCUGGACGGCUGGGGGUCCCUCCUGCAGUCUGCAGAGUAUCUCUCCUCCUCUUCAUCCUCCUCCUCUUCCUCUUCUUCUUCUGCCGAAUCCAGUCGGGAAAAAAGGACUUCAAGCCCUGCAAACUACCGCUUCAUGAGCAGGACCAAGCUCAGAGGACAGAUGCUCCGCAACAGCAGCAAAGCGGACCGCAGGAGCAGACUGACCUUGUCCCUGGACGUCCCGACCAACAUCAUGAACGUCCUCUUUGAUGUCGCCAAGGCCAAAAACCUGCGAGCCAAGGCGGCCGAGAACGCACGCCUGCUGGCUCAGAUUGGACGGAGAAAGUGA